AGAUAGGUCCACACAAUGGGAACUGCCACCAGCUGACCAUUCCUACACCAGCACGAGACUUUCUAUGACUAUGAGAACUAUUUCCUAUCGAACACUGACCAGUGAUGACAUUCUUUUUUAUACUGGCAUUUCUGUGGCUGCAUUUGACAAGCUCGUGUCAGCACUGAAGACUCAAGACAAGACAAUUCGCAAGCUCUUGACCAUCGAAGACCAGCUGUUAUUGACACUCAUGAGGCUUAGACUUGGCCUCCUUUGUGGAGAUUUAGCAAGACGGUUCGAGGUCUCUGUAGCUUAUGUUUCUAGAACAUUUUCGAGAGUGCUGGACGACCUGGUGAAGAUCAUGCAAGAAGUUGUUGUGUGGCUUCCCCGCUCAAGGUUGCGGGCAAGCAUGCCUGAGAGUUUCAGAAACAGCGAGUACAGUCAUACAACAUGCAUAUUCGACUGCACUGAAGCACUAAUGCAAAGGCCACGGAAACUGAUGGCCAGAUCCCAAAGUUACAGCCAAUACAAGGGUGCAAACACGAUGAAAUUUCUUACCGUCAUAGCACCAAAUGGAUUUAUAAUGUUUGUGUCAGAUGUGUAUGGAGGCAGCGCAUCAGACAAAUACAUUGUAAAGACAUGUGGAGUGGAAGAGUACCUCCUUCCAGGUGAUGAGAUAAUGGCAGACCGUGGUUUCAAGCUUGACCCUUAUCUUGAAGCUCAAGGGAUUAAAAUGAACAGGCCUGCAUUUACAAAAGGAAAGGAUCAGCUACCUGAAAGUAAAGUCACCGAAACUAGGCGCAUCGCAUCGCUACGAAUUCAUGUUGCGCGGGCAAUCAACCGAAUCAAGACGUACAGAAUUUUCAAGCAAGUACUGCCCAUCAAGUCAAGAAAGUAUGCCAGCAAAAUUGUCCUUGUUUGUGCAGGACUCUGUAACCUUUAACGCCCGCUCA